CAAGUUGGGUUGGCGAAAAUUUCUUUCUAAAUAAUUCAUCUAAAUCUCGAAAAAUAUGAGUGUUCCGAAGCGUAAGGGGCCGGUAUUUGACCCAGGCCUCUGCCGCUGCUGUGGCUCCAUCAAAAAAUGCCGCUUGUUAAAUGUGGAGUACGACUUUCAGGGCCAAAAAGAAAUGUACGCUGAUAUGUUUAUGGACUGUUUUGGAUUGAUGCUGUCCCACUUAGACGGUACGGUGGAGUCCGAGCGGCUCAUAUGUGCGACAUGUGUCACCCGGCUGCGUGACGCCUGUGACUUCCGCAAACAAGUGCUGCUGUGUGAAGACCGGUUGCUGCAGGCCUCCAUACAUGUGCAUCAACCCAGUGACACGCUGGUGGAGAUAGAGCUGAACCCUCGAGACGUGAAGGUGGAGGUGGAACGGAUAGACUACCCGCAGGACAACAACUUCAUGGACUCGGAGACUAAUGAUGAUCACGAUGCUGAUGGCGGCGAUGAUCACUUAUCGAGUGUAGAGGUCAAGAAAGAAAUGCAGCCCCGUAAAGAAGAGAGAAAGAGGAAGAAAGAGAGCGAGCGAGAGGUGGAGAGGCGGGUUCGCUCGCUCGGUAACAAACUGCGCAGUAUGUUGGAGAAGGACGCUAAGAGUGCUUACGCGCCCCCACCAAAAAAACCGCGCCAACCUUGCAUAGACCAAGAAGACAAGGAAUUCCACAACCGAGCCACCAUCAUAGAAAAUUCCUACGUCUGCCCCUUCGAGAGCUCCUACUCUGACUACCAUUGCGUAUACUGCAGAGAACUCUUCCUAGACCCUACACUACUUAGAGAACAUACACUAACACAUGAUCCGAAAACUUAUAAAGAUUUGUUUAGAAUAAACAAAAAAAUGCCCCAAAUAGACAUAUUAAGAAUCGACUGCAGACUUUGCGAAGAGAAAAUCCAAGAUUUAGAUACUUUUAAAAAUCAUUUAGCAACUACACAUGGGAAGCAUUUGUUUAAAAUACAAAACGAAGUGUUACAAUUUAAGUUAACGGAUAACCAUUUGACUUGUGUUGUGUGCAGUGAGACCUUUGGAUAUUUCCAUGCGUUGAAAAGUCACAUGGCGAUACAUUAUGGUAGUUGUAUCUGUGAUAUUUGCGGAGCGCAUUACUUCCAAGAGAGAAGAUUAGCUGAGCAUUUAAAAAGACAUAGUAGGAAACCGGGAAUUAAAUAUACUUGUAAAGAGUGCGGGAAGGAAUUUAAAUCUAAAAAUGGGAGGUAUUUACAUGUAGCGACAGUACACAAGAAUGAAGCUACAUACCAAUGUGGGAAAUGCGAAGCGGUGUUCUUUACAUAUGCUCUGAGGUGUCGACAUAGAAUUGAAGUGCACGGAGAGAAGAGACAGUUCGCUUGUGACCACUGCGACCGGUCUUAUGAUAAUAGGAAAUCUUGGAGAGAGCAUAACAGGAGAGCUCAUCUUAAGGUUUCUAAGCAUAAAUGUGAUAUUUGUGAUCGAAUGUUUUACUUGCCUUGUCAGUUGAAGGAACAUAUGACUACGCAUACAGGAGAAAGGAAUUUCAGAUGUGAGUAUUGUGGGAAGUCGUACCCUAGGCUGAGGGCUUUGAGGUUGCAUAUGAAGAGUCACAGUGAUAAUAAGUAUAGAUGUGGGAUAUGCGAUGCGACGUUCACUCAGAAUGUCAGUUUGAGGAAUCAUGUUAAGAAGCAGCAUCAGGGGUUGGAUAUGGAGAGUUUGAAUAAUUAAGAAUAUAUUGACCGCCUAAGCGGCAACCCACACAGGCGACGCAUGUCUUAAGGGUGCUUUCAAGAAAAACGUCAAAAUAAUGUAAAAUUGAUAGUUUUAGUCGGUGAAAUACUACACUUUCCAUUAUCUAAUAGAUAUAUUUAAUUCAAGUUUCAAUUAGAGCAUCUUAUUAUCUUGAUCCUUAUCAGACGGGAUUUUUGAAAACUCAAUUAUUUAUGAAAUUUUCUCUGAUUCACGUUUAGGAAAAGCCGCGUAUAGUGCUGAAUUAGUCGAUCUUAUUUGUAAAAUUUGGAC